UGAUUCAGUGUCGCUCGAGUCGCGUCAGUGCAGACACGUUAUCCAGGUGUUACUGCAAUAUCGAAACUCGGUGCCGUUCCGCGUUUCGAAUGGUUCAGUGGUGAAUAGAGGUGAAGGAUAAAGGUGUAAUAGUGUGUGGUUAUGUGGCGGCGAGUGAUAUGACAGCGUGCGCCGCCAGACGGAUACCGGCCGUCUUCAUGAGGAUACUGGUGACAAGUCUGGCCCCGAGAUCAUGGUGGCUCCCGAUUCCGAGGCUCCUUCGAAUCCUCGGAUAGCUGCCGCUACACACGAGAGCCCUUCCGCCGCUGAGGCGCGCCACAGCGCCGAUCUUUACAUACGAACCAGCUGGGUAGAUGCAGCAUUAGCACUCUCCGAGCUCGAAAAGGGCAAUAUCGAAGGUGGGCGUACGUCGCUGUGGAUACGGGCGUGGCUGCAAGAGCAGUUGUUCAUCCUCGGCUGUUUUCUACAAGGCGACGCUGGGAAGGUCCUCUUCGUUGCCAUCCUCGUGCUAUCCACGUUCUGUGUGGGCCUCAAAUCCGCCCAGAUACACUCCCGGGUCGAUCAACUCUGGGUACAAGAGGGCGGGAGGCUGGAGGCUGAGCUGAAGUACACAGCUAAGGCGCUAGGCGAGGCGGACUCCUCCACGCACCAGCUCAUCAUACAGACUGCGAAGGACCCCGACGUUUCCCUGCUGCACGUCGGUGCCUUGCUUGCACACCUAAAGGUUGUACAGGCAGCGACGCGGGUUACGAUUCACAUGUACGACAUUGAGUGGCGGCUGAAGGACCUGUGCUAUAGUCCCAGCAUCCCUGACUUCGAGGCCUAUCACAUAGAGAAGAUAUUUGACAACAUCGUACCCUGCGCUAUUAUCACGCCGCUAGACUGCUUCUGGGAAGGCUCAAAGCUAUUAGGACCAGAAUACCCUAUUGUCGUUCCAGGUCUGCUACAAAGAUUGACAUGGACGCACUUAAAUCCCUUAGAAGUAUUGGAAGAAGUGAGGAAACUGAAAUUCCAGUUUCCAUUGAGCACUAUGGAGGCUUACAUGAAGAGGGCUGGCAUCACGUCCGGCUACAUGAAGAAGCCGUGCCUCGACCCCACCGACGCACAUUGUCCCAACACCGCGCCCAACAAGAAAUCCGGACAUGUACCAGAUGUAGCCGCGGAGUUAUCCCACGGUUGCUACGGGUUCGCGGCUGCGUACAUGCACUGGCCAGAACAGCUGAUAGUAGGAGGUGCUACGCGGAACACAACGAGCGCGCUGCGCAGCGCACGCGCACUGCAGAGCGUUGUGCAGCUGAUGGGCGAACGCGAGAUGUUCGAGUACUGGACAGAUCAUUACAAGGUUCAUCAUAUCGGCUGGACGCAGGAGAAAGCGGCUGCUGUGUUAGACGCAUGGCAGAGGAAGUUUGCUGCCGAAGUAAGAAAAAUGACUGCAACGGAAUCAGUGUCUCCGGCAUACAGCUUCUAUCCGUUCUCCACGUCCACGCUUAAUGAUAUUCUUGGAAAAUUCUCUGAGCUCUCACUCAAGAACAUUAUAUUGGGAUAUAUGUUUAUGUUGAUAUACGUGGCGGUGACACUGAUGCAGUGGCGCGACCCGAUCCGCUCGCAGGCGGGCGUGGGCAUCGCGGGCGUGCUCUUGUUGUCUAUUACCGUUGCCGCCGGACUAGGUUUUUGUGCUUUAUUAGGUAUACCAUUCAAUGCAUCAAGUACUCAAAUAGUGCCGUUCCUAGCGCUGGGUCUGGGCGUGCAGGACAUGUUCCUUCUCACUCACACGUACGUGGAGCAAGCGGGAGAUGUGCCGCGUGAGGAGCGCACCGGAUUGGUGCUCAAGAAGUCUGGUCUGAGCGUGCUGCUCGCCUCACUAUGCAAUGUCAUGGCAUUUUUAGCGGCUGCUUUGCUUCCUAUACCAGCUUUGAGGGUCUUUUGUUUACAGGCUGCAAUACUGCUAAUGUUCAACCUGGGCUCGAUGCUGCUGGUGUUCCCUGCGAUGAUAUCACUGGACCUGCGCCGGCGAUCCGCCGCACGCGCUGACCUGCUCUGCUGCCUCAUGCCGGAGUCUCCUGUCAGGACUAGGAAACUUCCAGAACGUUCUGGACGCAGUGGAAGAAAUGAUAAAAGCAACUGGAAGGAUACAACUCGUCAGCCUUUGGACCCCGAGGUGUCGGGAGAUGAAGCUAAGACUUGCUGCAUCAGUCUAUCUCUUACUAAAUGGGCUAAGAAAUAUUACGCUCCGUUUAUCAUGCGGCCCUCUGUAAAGGUGACUUCAAUGUUAGCACUAAUAGCAGUGAUUCUCGCGAGUCUGUGGGGGGCAACUAAAGUCAAAGACGGUCUAGAUCUUACAGAUAUAGUCCCAGAAAAUACAGACGAACACGAAUUUCUAUCACGACAGGAGAAAUACUUUGGUUUUUACAACAUGUAUGCAGUAACACAAGGCGACUUCGAAUAUCCAACCAAUCAGAAAUUACUCUACGAAUAUCACGACCAAUUUGUACGGAUUCCAAAUAUUAUAAAAAACGACAACGGUGGACUGACAAAGUUCUGGCUCAGUCUAUUCCGGGAUUGGCUACUCGAUUUACAGGCUGCAUUCGAUAAAGAAGUCGCCAGUGGUUGUAUAACACAAGAAUACUGGUGUAAAAAUGCAAGCGACGAAGGAAUAUUGGCCUACAAAUUAAUGGUGCAAACUGGACAUGUCGACAACCCUAUAGACAAAUCUCUUAUAAGCACAGAUACAAAAAAUGGUCAUAGAUUAGUUGAUAAAGACGGUAUAAUCAAUCCGAAAGCAUUCUACAAUUAUUUAUCAGCAUGGGCUACUAAUGAUGCAUUGGCUUACGGUGCUUCUCAAGCAAAUUUGAAGCCACAACCGAAGAGAUGGACUCAUUCACCCGGUGAUGUCGAUUUAAAAAUACCCAAAUCUUCGCCGUUGAUUUACACACAGUUACCGUUUUACCUAUCGGGGCUCAGUGAUACAGACAGCAUAAAAACAUUGAUAAUGUCAGUGAGAGAACUUUGUUUGAAGUUCGAAGUUAAAGGAUUGUCUAACUUCCCAUCGGGGAUACCAUUUUUGUUUUGGGAGCAGUACCUGUAUUUGCGGACUUCUCUACUUCUGGCUUUGGCGUGCGCGUUGGCCGCUGUGUUUGUGGGGGUAAUGGUGCUGUUGCUGAACGCGUGGGCGGCGAUGCUGGUGACGCUGGCGCUGGCAACAUUGGUACUCCAGCUGCUGGGCGUGAUGGCAGCACUGGGUGUGAAGCUGUCCGCCGUGCCCGCAGUCCUGCUGGUGCUGGCCAUCGGUCGCGGCGUUCACUUCACUCUGCAUUUGUGUCUUGGCUUUGUAACGUCGAUCGGAUGCAGACGUCGUCGCGCCUCCCUCGCACUGGAGUCAGUCCUAGCGCCAGUUGUCCACGGCGCGAUGGCAGCAGCCCUCGCCGCGUCCAUGUUAGCGACCAGCGAGUUUGGAUUCGUCGCCAGGUUGUUCCUGAGGCUUCUGCUGGCUCUAGUUAUACUGGGCUUGGUGGACGGACUACUAUUCUUCCCUAUUGUACUGUCGAUACUGGGACCUAAUGCUGAGGUGCGGCCACUAGAACAUCCAGAAAGGUUAUCAACACCAUCACCGAAGUCAUCACCGAUUCAUCAGCGUAAGACGAGUUCCAGUGACAAGACCAGCCGCACUAAGUCAGCGCCACGGCCGAGCGCCCCCUCCCUCACCACCAUCACAGAGGAGCCUCCCAGCUGGCACAGCUCCGCGCCUUCCGUACAAUCCUCCAUGCAGUCCAUUGUCGUCCAGCCUGAAGUGGUAGUAGAAACCACCACUUAUAACGGCAGUGAUUCCGCCUCCGGACGCUCUACUCCCACUUCGAAGACCACGCAUUCUGGUGCUAUUACUACCAAGGUCACUGCAACGGCUAAUAUAAAAGUAGAAGUAGUGACACCUAGUGACAGAAAGUCGAGGCGAUCCUAUCAUUACUACGACCGACGCAGGGACCGCGACGACGACCGCGACAGAGACAGGGAUAGGGACCGCGAAAGGGACAGAGAUCGGGGCGACCGCGAGAGAGACAGAGACAGAGAGAGGUCCAGAGAAAGAGAUAGAAGAGAUCGGUACAGAGAUGAAAGGGAGCAUCGCGCUUCCCCAAGAGAAAACGGACGAGAUUCCGGUCACGAAAGUGACUCAUCUCGUCAUUAAAGUUUAAUGAACAAUGUAGUUAUAAUAAUGACAUUAGUGUAACAGGCAGUGUUUCGUGUAUUUAAUACGCCGAAUGUAAAGACAUCUUUACCUAAAGUUUAAUGAAAUCUCUUUAUAAUUGAGAUUAGUGUACGCAUGUUUUAAGGUUCAGCAAUAUUGUUUAAAUUUAACCCAGCCUUAAGACAGUAUUACGUGGAAUGUAAUUUUAAGAUUAACUCCAUAUGCUAGAAACGGAGGCUACAAUAUUGUGUGCAUUUUCUAUAUAUCGAUUUGUGCUGAGAUCAUUCCAAGACAUAUUGUGUUGUUCAGUAAAUCCGUGUAUUUCUACUGACGAUAAACUUGAAUAAAACAUUUUGUUAUAUCUAUUAGAUAUGGUAAUAUUUGUCUUUGUAUUUCGUCAGUGGAAACCCACGUCAAGAAUGUGUCAAAUGUUGCUUGUAACUGUACAGACCAAAUAUCGAUUUGUUGAUGUCAUAAAUUAACGUUUAUUUCGUGUGUUCCUAAAGACUGUGGUCGAAUAUUAUUAAUUUAUCAUAUUAUUUAUUAUUUGUGUCUAUAUUUCAUCGCCACAAUCUGUAAUGUUUACAAUGAAACGCGAGUGACAAGUUCAAGAUGUUUUAUUGGACUGACGUACAAAAGUAUAUCGUUAAGUAAGGUACAUUAUACAGUGGUUUUCUAGGUACCUACAUUACAUGUAGGACUUGGGGAAAAAAGUUAACAGUCGGGAGUGGUCCAGGCGGAAUGGCAACUGGUUCUGCUGGUGAUGGAGCUUCAACUCCUUCCAUCGCAUCUUCUGGUUCCGCAUCUUCCGCUAGCCUUCGUCGAGGUUGUGGCUAUGUGUGUGACACGUGGCACGAUGCCAUUUCUCAACCGGGCGUCGUUGAAAUCCUGCCUGUUAACAGUGGUACGCAAAUCCUCUGCUACGCGUUGCAGGAUUGCCGGUGCGGGUAAAUUUUCACAGAACCCAUGUGUUUCUGCGGUGGCUGUGCCGAUGUGGCCAUCACGAUUUGACUCUCUUGCAACCAUCGUGUGCCUUACUCCUGCAGCAUCGGUGUAAUCACCUAGCCCCGUCAGAUAUUCUCCGGCUUCGGCGGCGAUCUCUAAUGAUCCGUAUCCACUCAUAAACUGCACGAGCUUCUCUUGAUCGAAGCUGGCGGUGCUGUGCUUUUGGGCCGCCAUUGCAAUUUUAUACCACAGCAGCAGCUGAUGGCAUCGACAUUAAACUGUCAGGCUGGGUCCUCCGAUACAAAGCCGGUCUCACCAUCGAUGACAAACGACUCAAGCCAUAAAGGAUCAUUUGUUAACGGUGUCUCUUUCGUUGAUAGGUUUGUCGGUUUUGGUAUGGUCUUUUGUGUCUUAUUUUUCGGUCGUGGAAAGUUUGGCUUUUCCUUUGGCUUCGAUGGCCUCGGCUUCUCCUGAGAGGUGGGUGCUUGCGCAUGCUGGCUGUUAGCUUCUGCGGUGUCUGCCAUUACGGCUAACUAACCUUUAAAAUAAAUUUUAAAGGGAGUUAAAGGAAGGACCAUGUGUUACAUGGAAGACUCGGAUGUAUUGUACAAAUUAUAUAAUUAAGUGUUUAAAAAAUUAAGGCAUUUAUUUAUGAGAUUAAUUAGUAUACGUAUAUUCUUGUAUUGUUGUGAUUUUUAUUAGGUAAUAUCAGGUAUAUAAGACUGCAUUUAGCGAUCAAAAUAUAAAGGAAAAUAACAAAGUACAAUCUAGCAGAUAAAUUGAUUUCGUCAUAUAAAGUGACGCAAUGAUUUGAAUUAGUGACGUAACUCUGACCUCAGUAGAAGACGAGCGUUGUGACAUUUUGUGCAAAGUACUUAUUUAGGAUAUAUUAAUUUAUACGAUUAUUACUUUAUAUUGUAAAUAUAUAUUUAAUGUUAAUGAGCGAAUGCUUGC